AUGGCUAGCAAUGAACAACAAACUGUUCUUAAUGGAGUUCCAACUGUUCCUCCUGGAGUACCUACUUCAAUUCCUAACCAAGGAGGUUUGCAUGUACUUGAUUGUAAUCAUCCGCUGUUUUUAAGUCCAUCUGAUAUUAGUGACAUUCAAAUCAUAUUGUUUCAACUAACUAGGAUUGAAAACUAUUCCUUGUGGUUUAGAUCUAUGAGAAUGGCUUUGUUAGGAAGGAAUAAGUUAGGAUUAGUUGAUGGGUCCUGUACCAAAGAAAGUUACCCAGAAAAUUUGUGGAAUCAUUGGGAACGAGUGAAUGCCAUAGUACUUUCUUGGUUGAUGAAUUCUGUUAGUAGUGGGUUACUGGGAGGUAUACUGUAUGCCUCAAGUGCACAGACUAUAUGGAAUGAUUUGCAUGAGAGAUUUGACAAAGUUGAUGGCUCAAGAUCAUAUAAUUUGCAUAAAGAAAUUGCAACGCUGAGUCAAGGAGCAACUUCUGUCUCUGCAUAUUUCUCAAGACUAAAAAAUUUGUGGGAGGAGUUUGAGGCACUGGUCCCUGCACCUGGGUGUAAUUGCCCAAAAUCAAGAGAAUUUGUGGUUCAUUUGCAAAAAUUAAAAUUGUUUCAGUUCUUGAUGGGAUUAAAUGAUUCUUGUGGUCAAGCUAGGAGUCAGAUUCUGCUGAUGAAUCCAAUGCCAUCAGUUAGUCAAGCAUAUGCCAUGGUGAUUAGUGAUGAGAGUCAAAAAUCAGUUGCUAAUAAUGUUGGUUUACUGGGAGCAAAUCCUACAUCUGGAACUAAUCAAUAUGAUGUAGCCAUGUAUACCAAGACUGGUGGAAAUAAUCAGAGGAUGACUAGAAAAAAUUUCAAUCUAUUUUGUGAAGGUAAUCAGGUGUCUAGUAGCAAUUGGAAUGAGAACAGUACUCAGAAUUCUCAACUAACAAGCAGUGCAAUGAGUGUGAACAAUCCUCAGAACAUUGGACAAGCAAACAAUACUCCUUGGAUGGCCAAUUGCACUUUCACUAAAGAGCAGUAUGAUCACAUUGUGCAACUACUCAACAAAGAUAAUUCAGCUUCUGCUUCUACUAUAGCAACACCAGCAACUAAUGCAACGGGUAUUCCUUGUGCUCUAUUAGCCUCAAAUACUCUUCAAGAAUGGAUUAUAGACACAGGGGCUACAAAUCAUAUGGAACUCUUCAGUGGGAGGGUAAAAGCGAUUGGUAGAGAAGACAGUGGUUUAUACAUUCUCAGUAGAAAAAAAUUACCAGGAAAUAAAGCAAUUAGUUUAAACACUAAGGAGAUAGAAAUCAGUAAAAAAGUUAGUUCAAAUGACAUUGAUCUUUGGCAUAGGAGACUUGGCCAUGUAUCUGCUACUGUUCUCAAGAAUCUACUAUCUGCAAAUGCACAAGAUAUAUCUGCUAGAUUAGAUCUAUUAGAUGAUUUUUCUAGGAUGACACGGAUUUUCUUGUUGAAAUUGAAAUCUGAUGUGUGUGUGGUUGUACAACAAUUUUUUACUUUUGUGAAAACACAGUUUGGAGCAAUUGUUAAAACGGUCAGGAAUGAUAAUGGUACUGAGUUUGUUAAUUUAGUUUGUGAAAAUUUCUUUAAGAAUCUAGGAGUAAUUCAUCAAAAGACAUGUCCUUAUACUCCUCAGCAAAAUGGAGUAGCUGAGAGAAAGCAUAGACAUAUCUUAGAACUCACUAGAGCUAUAAGGUUUCAAGCAAAUAUACCAAUCAAACUCUGGGGAUACUGUGUACUUACUGCUGUAUAUAUUAUUAACAGAUUGCCUAGUUCUGUAAUUGAUAAUAAAAGUCCUUAUGAAAGAUUAUAUAACAAAAAACCCACAUUACAACAUCUUAAGGUUAUAAGCUGUUUAUGCUAUGCAGAAAUGGUUAAUCAGAAUGAUAAACUAAUGCCCAGAGCAAAACCUUCUGUUCACAUGGGAUAUGUUACAGGUCAUAAAGGAUAUGUGUUAUAUGAUCUAAUAGAUAAAAGAUUUUUUGUCAGCAGAGAUGUUCAGUUUAGAGAAGACAUAUUUCCUUUUAAAAACAAACAGGACAAUAACAAAUUACUCUUACAUAUAACAGAUCCAAUACCACAAACUACAACUCUAGAAGAUCACAUGUAUUCAAAUCAACAAGAAGAUUCAAUUACACCUGAUACUACACAGGAGUUCACACAAUACUUUGAACCCAACUCUACAGAAGUUGUACAGACUAACAAUCAACAAACUUCAACCCUACAACAAACAGAUCAAAUUCCACAAUCAAUUACUAAUCGAUUAAACAUAAGGAAGUCAGGGAGAGGGAAUAAAUCACCUAUAUGGAUGAAAGAUUUUGUGUCAUUAACUGCACAACAGAAUGAACCAUAUGCAAUAUGA